AUGUCUCCAGGUGAUAAAAAGAACAAGUCCCUUGAGGACAAGGCUCCCGAACCUCUUCCCUUUCCGUACAGUAGCACUGCCGUCGAAGAGGACUGCACUCAUCAAAAGACAUCUCCACGUCCGCUAUCUUCGUCCAGAUCGGCAAGUGACGCAUAUACCAACCACCCUCGAUCCGGACAUUCCCAUUCCUUUACAGGCUCUCGCAGAGAACGUCUUCCCAGCAGACCUCCACGUCGUCCCAGAGGUCUCGGCAACCUAAAUCCUUCGCCAGCAAACAAGCAUCUCCCAGAGACACCAGAUUCUGCGGUCGCAACUCCACCAGACGUUUCGGCUUUUUCUUCACCAUUUACAAGUGGAGCAAGGGACAGUAAGAGUGACUUUUCGCCAUCCAGUCUCUCAUCACAGUCUUCUCCAACACCGCUCAACCAGAAGGACUCUGGUCUUCCCCUUUCUCGUGCGCCAAGACGAGUUCUCCGACCAGACAGCUGGUGGCAUAAGCACGGCAAUCAAUCAUCAGGUGAUUCCAGCUCUGCCAGACCUCCCCUUCGUCCUGUCAAGUCGCCGCUCCGACUUAGCAGUGAGGGACUUGCAGGGCCUCCCCCACUUCCUCAGAAGUCACCUCUUCGACCAGCGGGCCUUCCGCUUUCGCGUGACCCCACUGACACUAGCCGAACUUCUGCUGUAAGGUUUGACCCCGAACUAGAAGAAGAUAGAGCGCUCUGGGAAGAGCUAUCUCCCCCUCCUCUUCGGAUUCGAAAGACUAGACCUCCAGCAACUUCGGCCCAAACCGAAGCGGAAGAUCGACCCCGAAAGACCUUUGCUGCCGGAGAUUGCCAAGCCGUCCUUGAAUCUCCAGAACCAGAGUGUACACCACUCACCCGUGAAUUUGUUCUUCGACGCCUCCUUUCAGAAGAGUCAUUCAACGAAGCCACCAAGUAUCGCCUUGCAACACGAGUUGAAGAGAAAGAAAGAGCUGAAAUCAUCGCACACCGCAAGAAGACACUUGAAAUCCUCGAAUCCGGUCUAGAAGCGGACAAAUCUGAUACGCGAUUGAAGAGAACCAAAACUUUCAAACAACGACGUCGAGUAGGUGCGACUUUCACGAUGGAUAGUCUUCAUCCAGAAUCAGCUUCGGCUAUGACUGCGCACCGUCGUGAGGCAGUCCGUCUUGCCCAGGAACAACAGCGAGCAGUUGUGGAGAAGUGCAAGAGAUCCAAGCAGCUUGAGCCUGACUAUGCUUUUGAUGAGUUGAUUGGUAAAGGUAGCUUCGGUAGAGUGUACAAAGGACGUCAACUUUCCACGUCAAAGGUCGUUGCUAUCAAGGUCCUUGAUAUCGAUGAAGCCGACUUUCAUGCCUUUGGCGACCAUAAAGAUGAACAAAUUCGAGACUUCAACCGGGAAAUACGUAUUCUGCGACAAGCUCAAGAGAGUGGAGCGGAAAAUCUCAACCAGAUGAUCGAAGCUUUGCCCGUGCAUAGCCAGCUAUGGUUGGUGUGUGAAUAUUGCCCUGGCGGUAGUGUCAAGACCCUGAUGCGCGCUACCAACGACAGACUUUCUGAAAAGUACAUCAUCAUUGUCGCGAGAGAGUUGGCAAAGGCUCUAAAAGGUCUCCAUGAAGCAGGCAUCAUGCACCGAGAUGUGAAAGCUGCCAACGUCCUCAUUCACCAAGAAGGUCGCCUUGAACUGUGUGACUUUGGGGUUGCUACAAUUCUCGACACCCAAACAGACAAGCGAAAGACCUUCAUAGGAACUUUGCACUGGAUGCCGCCGGAGCUGUGGACAGAAAAUCCGGAGUACUCAGACGAGGUAGAUGUAUGGGAAUACGGCUGCACGAUCUACGAAUGUGCUAUGGGACGGCCGCCAAAUAGCGACCUCCGUGAACGCCAACAACUCAAGAUGAGGAUGAGACGAUUGAAGCAGGCCAUCUCUCUCCCGGAGAACGAGGACUUCAGUGAUGGUCUACGUUCUCUUGUCUCUUACGCACUUACUCCUGAUGCCGCCAUGCGACCAUCGAUGAAGGAUGUUCUACAACACGAUCUCCUCAAAGACACCGAAGGGACCCAUCCGACAAGUAUGCUCACCGAGCUCGUUCAAACAUACUACGCAUGGCUGUUCGGUGGUGGCCAAAGAAUCUCUCUAUUCAUGCCUGGUGGCGCGGCGGCUGCUUCUGCCCAAGGUCCUGAUGCCGACAUUGACCCUGAAGAUGAAUGGAACUUUAGCAUGACUCAAGAUUUCGAAAAACGCGUCUCUGCAAUCUUAGAGAUACCUGACUUUUCGAACCUGUCUCCCGACGACACCAUGUCAGGAGAACUAACACCCAAGGGGUUAACCAGACCUGGUGGUCUCUCAUCCCCAAAAGAAAUGACAGCAGUUCAAAAGGCCAAUUUUGAAGCCCGUGUCAAGCGAGGAGCGGACCUCUCGAACAUUUUUGACCAGAACAAGCCUGCCUACGAAUACAAGACCAAAACCGAUUUCAUUCCGAUUCCCGAGCAACGUCGCAUAUCCGACUUACCAUUUCGAGCCAUGCAAGAGGACCGGCCCAGCUCUAUCGCAUCCAACGUCAUUGAUCUAGGAGAUUUUGACGAAGCCGACUAUGCAGUCGCAGCUGCACCAAGAACAGAUGACAAAAUCCAGACUGCUUACGCCGCCACGCCCAUGAGAGAAGAGACCAUCAGACUUGCAGACGCAUCUACACUCCGUGAGAAGCGUGCCAAUUCCAAAGGUCCGCGGGAUCCCAAUAACCAAUCUCUAACCGCCAGAAGAGCCUCGUCUGCUGAAGUUGCCGCCCCUCCAAGCACGUCAGCGCAUGACUUUGCAAUGUCUCAAGAGGACUGGACUGUUAAGAACAGAAACAAAGCCCCUGAGCUGCAAGAGCCCGCUGAGAUCACAUCUUCUCGGCCUGGCCACGCGACAAUGGACUGGUCAUUCGCAAACGCCAUGUCCGAAGCCGCAGUCACAAUCCCACAAAUCAACGUACCGUCCGAAGAGGAGUCAACUGGUGAUGAUCUCCCAGGCCCGUCGGAAGAAGCGACCGAGGCAGAAGGUAGCUUCAAUCAAAAAACCAAGAAGCACAAUACAAUGGAUUGGUCCUUCUCUUCGGCCAUGGCUGAAGCAAAAGCUGCCGAAGACUCCGAAGAGCAAGAAGUUGCGGAAUCGUCUCCUCCACCCACCACUAUCACAUACCAGAAGCCUGCCGCGUCGAGACCGACGCCCACUCGCCCGGCCCCAUUAAUGCGCCAAAUGACCAUGCCAGUGACGAUCGGCGACUUUGCACAAGCUGAAGAACAGGAGAUCCCUCGACCGUCGACCGCCCUGUCUGAAGCGUACAGUGACGUUUCGGCCUCGUCUACGGACGUGGAUCCAUUCGGCCUUGAACGCGACGACGAUGACUCUGGUGAUCAUCCGGGGCCUGCUACAAUGGACGAAGACGUUAAUAUGGGUGGAUUCUACUCGGGAAGAGGGAGGACGAUGCUUGCCGGGUAUUCCUCGGUAACAACCACUCCGUUGACGGCUUCUGGCCCCCGUCCGGCGCCUUAUGCUUUGGGUCGGCCGGUCCGCAUUGGCGAAGACGGCUUUCCCGGCCCUACUCACUCUCAUCCGGCAACGGCCAACAUCCACCGGGCCUCGAACUCUUCCGUCACGUCGAAUGCCACGGCGAUUCCUGCGGGUGGUGCCCACGGCGCCCUCGUCGCCUUCGUCCCACCUGCAUCUCCUCCCAGUACGGCCGCGAUGUCCGCCAAUGCCUCGAAUGACGAGGUUGAGGCGGAGUUGAUGCGCCUGUUGGAGGGAAUGCAGGGGACGUUGAAUGCGGCGAGGGAGGUCGUGGGAGGACUUGAGAGGAGGAGAGAGAGGGGAGAGGAGGAGGAAUGGGUGUCUGAGGAGGAGUAG